AUGAAUGAACAUCCUCGUUCUAUAUUACAUAGAAUUGAAUUACGUCGUAGAAGUGAACGAGAUAAAUUUGGUUUUGCUAUACAAUAUGAACAACCUUGUUCAAUUUGUGUUUAUUCAGGAAGUUUAGCUCAAUCAAGUGGUCUUCGUUCAGGACAAAUUUUAGCUAAAGUUAAUGGUUAUAAUGUACUUGAUGCAAGACAUGAUGAUGUUAAAAGACUUGUUUAUGCUAAACAUACAAAUCUGCUUGUACUUGAAGUUCUCGAUCCUGAUGAUGAUAUUGAUGAAGAUGAUAGUAUUGAAUGUAAAGAAAAUAUUUUAUCACCAUCUCCUUGUCGUAUAACAUCUAAAAUAUCAGUAAAUGAUGCUCUUCGUGGACGAAUUCUUCGUGAUGUUAACAUCGGUUCAUCAUCAACAAACAAUAAAUAUCCUAUAAAACAUUAUUAUAAAAAAGCUCGAGAAUCUCUAACAUCAUCUUCUCAAGAUUCUACAACAAGUAUAACAUCAGAUCCAAUUAUUUCACAUCAUCAAAAAUCUUUUCCUAAUAUAAAUCGUCAACGUCUAUCAAAAGUUUUAAUUAGUACAAAUCUUCGAAUGUUAUUAUCACAAAUAAAUGAUAUUAUUUUAUUAAAAGAUAUGUAUUCAUCAUUAACACCAGGUGUUAAUCUCAUUGAUUCACAAUCUUCAUUAUCAUUUAAUCAUCAAACAUUAUAUACAUUUUCUUCAAUUGAUUUUCUUGGUUAUUUUGAUAUUGAUCAUAAUAAUAAUAAUAAUCAAAAUGAAUUAGUAAAAAAAAUACAAAAAUUUCUUAAACGUUCAAUAUUAAAUUCAACAUCAAAUAAAAUUGAAUUUCGUAUACAAUGUAAACAAUUUCAAAUAAGUCCAUUAUGGUUUAAAUUUUUAGCUGGAAAAUAUUUAAGUUAUAUUUGUUUAUUUCAUACUCAACCAACAUUAUUUGCACUUAUACUUUAUUGUUCAAUUAGAAUUGAUGAAAAUAUUAAUAAAUUUAAAUAUGAACAUAAUUCAAGUUCAAUGUUUGUUUUUCGUGCAUCAUCAAUUGAUGAAAGAAAUCGAAUAAUACAAUGUUUAUUUACAAGAGCAAAACAUUGUUCAAAUCAUCAAUGUACUAUGGAAGAUAAGCAUAAAAAAGAUAAAUUAGAUGAACCAGAUACCUGUUCAACAAAUAGUUCCUGUGCAACAUCAAUUGAUUCCAAUGUUGAUUCUUGUACAACAGGCACAACAUCACAAUCAUCUGUUGAAUCAUCAUCACCAAAUCCAUUACGAUCUUCAAUUGAAGAAGAUGAUGAAGAAGAUGAUCAACAUCAACGAAGUAUUCCACCACCACCGGAAUUUUGUCAAGAUGAUGAUUUAUGUCCAGUUCCAUGUUCAUCUUCAUCAUCAUCAUCUUUAUCCGAUGGUGAUUUACUUGAUAAUGAAUUAGGAGGCAUAGGAUCAACAGCAACAACAACAAUAGCAACAACAGGUCAAUUUUUAUGGAUUGAUCAUCAUCCUCGUCGUCAUUCUUUUGCAAAUGAUUCACAUUUAAUUGAGGGAAAUAAUUUUCAAUAUCAUCCUUCCAGUCCAUUUUUGGAUCAUCCAACAUCAAUUGAAGAUUUACGUGCACGAUUUGCUUCAGCUUAUAUUUUAACAACUGGUUCUUCUUUAACAGCAAUAAGUAAUGAAAAUGAAUUAUCAUUACAACAUGAAACAAGUAUUAAUGAAGGUUCAAUUGAUUUAAACGAAGAAAAUUCUUCGACAACAUCAUGGGCAAUUAGUUUUGAAAAAUUACUUAAUGAUGAAAUUGGUUUAUAUGUAUUUACAGAAUUUUUAAAAAAAGAAUUUAGUCAAGAAAAUAUUCAAUUUUGGAUUGAAUGUGAAAAUUUUAAAAAAUUAACAAAUCAAGAUGAAAUUCGUCAUAAAGCUACAUCAAUUUGGUCCACAUAUUUAUUUGAUACAAAUGAUGGUUCAUGUCGAAUCAAUAUUGAUAAUCGAACACGACAAGAAUGUCAUGAAUUAUUAUUAACCAAUCCUAAUAUUCAUAUGUUUGAAAAAGCACAAUCUCAAAUAUUUCAUUUAAUGAAAUAUGAUUCUUAUACAAGAUUUUUAAAGUCAGAUAUAUAUAAAGAUUGUAUUAGAAAUGAAAUGCAAGGAAAAUCUAUCUCUUAUUCAAAACAACAAAUAUCAAAAAAUAAUGAAGAAAGAUCAAAUAGUUUUAUUAAAUUAAAAGAUGAAGAAAAAAAAGAUAAAAAACGAAGUCCUUUUUUACCUUGGACUAAAGCUUUUUCUAAAUGGAAACGACCGAUAAAUCCAAAUUCAAUACCUUCAUUAACAAGCUCAAAUUUUGAUUCAUGUUCAAUAAAAUCUUGUCAGAUAUCAUCAUUUAAUACACUUUCACGUUAA